CGGGAUCGGGCCCCUCCCGGCACUCCGCACCGCUCCCGCCGAGGGCUGCCGGCGGUGACCCCGAAGGCUGCCAUGUGGCCCGUGGCGCUGUCGGCCAGCGAGGUGCUGCUGGCGGCCGCCGCCUUCUGCCUGGUGUUCCUGCUGGUGCAGCGGCUGCGGCCGGCCGUGCCCGCGGGGCUGCGGCGGCCGCCGGGCCCGCGGGGCUAUCCCGUGCUGGGGAACGUGCUGGAGCUGCGCAGGGACGCGCACCUGGCGCUGACGCGGCUGAGCCGGCGCUACGGGGACGUGAUGGAGGUGCGCAUCGGGACACGGCCCGUGCUGGUGCUCAGCGGGCUGGACACCAUCCGCCAAGCCCUGGUCAAGCAGGGAGACGACUUCAUGGGCCGCCCCGACCUGCCCAGCUUCCACUACAUCUCCAACGGGCAGAGCCUGGCGUUCAGCCCCGACUCCGGGGAGGUGUGGAAAGCGCGCAGGAAGCUGGCCCAGAGCGCCCUGAAGAGCUUCUCCGUCGCGCCCAGCCCCACCUCGUCCUGCAGCUGCCUGCUGGAGGAGCACGUCUCCAAGGAGGCCGAGUACCUGGUCACCAAGUUCCUGCAGCUGAUGGAGAAGGAGAAGAGGUUUGACCUCAACCAGUACCUGGUGGUGUCGGUGGCCAACGUCAUCUGUGCCAUGUGCUUCGGCAAGCGCUACGAGCACGACGACCAGGAGCUGCUCAGCCUGGUGAACAUGGGCAACGAGUUUGGGGAGGUGGCUGCGAGUGGCCACCCCACCGACUUCAUCCCCGCGCUCCGCUACCUGCCCAGCCGCACCAUGGAGGUCUUCAAGGACAUCAACCGGCGCUUCAACGCCUUCGUGCAGAGAAUUGUGCAGGAGCAUUACAGCACCUUCGAUAAGGAGCACAUCCGGGACAUCACGGACUCGCUGAUCGGGCACUGCCAGGAGAACAGCACUGGGGAGGAUGCCCGGGUGCAGCUCUCCAAUGAGAAGAUCAUCCACAUCGUCAACGACCUCUUUGGGGCAGGCUUUGACACUGUGGCAACUGCCCUGUCCUGGAGCCUCAUGUACGUUGCCUUGUACCCUGAUGUCCAGAAGAAGAUCCACGAGGAGCUGGACCGGACCAUCGGGCGGGAGAGGCGGCCGCGGCUGUCGGACCGGGGCACGCUGCCCUACACGGAAGCCUUCAUCCUGGAGAUGUUCAGGCAUUCCUCCUUCCUGCCCUUCACCAUCCCACACAGCACAACAAAAGCAACAGUCUUGAAUGGCUACUACAUCCCCAAGGACACCUGUGUGUUCAUCAACCAGUGGCAAGUGAACCACGAUGAGGCGCUGUGGAAGGACCCCUCGUCCUUCAGGCCCGAGCGGUUCCUGAGCGCGGCGGGCACGGAGCUGAGCCGCGCCGAGGGCGACAAGGUUCUGUCCUUCGGCCUGGGCCGGCGCCGCUGCCUGGGCGAGACCAUCGGCCGCUGGGAGAUCUUCCUCUUCCUCACCACGCUGCUGCAGCAGCUGCACUUCGGCCUGCGGCCCGGCGAGCCGGUGGACAUCACCCCCCAGUACGGACUGACCAUGAAGUACAAGAAGUGCGAGGCCUUCCAGAUCCGGCAGCGCUUCCCCGCCGGGAGCUCUCCGUGAGCUGGCAGGGUGGUUCCUCUUCCCAGCCCCAUCAGCCCUUCCCAUGUGGAUGAUGAUUCCCAGAGGUGUCUUGGAGAGGUCCAGCCUCUGGUGGGGAGGGGGAUGCUGGAGGUGGGAUGUCCUCUGCCUGCCAUGAGCAGCUCCCUCCAUCCAAACAGCAAUAAACCUCCCUGGGGAUCCUGCCCAGCCUUAUCCCGUGGAGUGAAAUCCUUUUUGCCCAGUAUGGACUGACCAUGAAGUACAAGAAGUGCAAGGCCUUCCAGAUCCGGGAGCUCUCCGUGAGCUGGCAGGCUCAGCCCUCCUCUGCAUGAUGGUUCUUCUCCUGGUGGGGCUCUUCCCAGCCCCAUCAGCCCUUCCCACGUGGAUGAUGAUCCCCAGAGGUGUCUUGGAGAGACAGCCACUGAUGGGAAGGGGGAUGCUGGAGGUGGGAUGUCCUCCGCCUGCCACGAGCAGCUCCCUCCAUCCAAACAGCAAUAAACCUCCCUGGGGAUCCUGCCCAGCCUUAUCCCACUGAAAUCCUCUUUCCCAGCUCAUUAUCCCACUGGCAACAGAUCCUUUCCGAAGGUUCCGGAGCCUUCAGCAGAGCCCACCUCGAGGGGACCCAUCCUGGGUGCACCCACGCAUCCGAAUUCCUUGAAUGUAAACUCAUGGAGUGAAUUCCUGAGUAGGAAUUAACUGAUUUAAAAAAAAAAAAAAAUCCACCAGCAAAUCUGCUCACAAACUGAGGUUUUAAAUCAAUCCCUACCAUGAAGCCUCCAGGAAAAUCUCAAAGGAUUGGGGAAAAGGGAACUGCAGGACACUCCUGGCUUUCAGACUAACUCUGCACUUGCUGCCUUUUUUAAUAUCAGGGUUUUUUUUUUCUUUAUCAAGCAAUAGAUUUCUAUAUCCAAGCUGAGGGGCUUUCAGGACUGCAGGAGGUGCCUUUUGCUGCCUUCAGCUUUGGCCAGUGGGAAGGUGAAGCCUCGUGGCAAAGGGAGCAGCAAUUCCUGCCUUUUUGUGCCUGUUUGGGGUGCAGCUGUGUGCUGGGGUGGAAACCACACCAUAUUUCUAACCCAAUAAAUUCUUACACGAACCUCU